ACAUUUAUCCGUUUCACUUUUAUUUUACUAUUCAAUAAACGUAUAAAUAAAUUGAUGUAACUAUAUAAAAAAAAAUUUUCAAUUUUAAUUUUUAAAUAAAAAAUAUUUUUCAUACUAAACAAAUUUGACUAUUUUGUUGAAGUACUUUCAUUCGAUUGAAUAUUUAUCAGCAGAACAUUAAAAAUAAAACAAGUCAAGGUAAAGUCAGUUAAAUGGGCAGAAUAAGAAAUAUGAUAAAAAUGACGCUGGGAAUCUUUAUCACUAUUAUAGUGAGUAGUCAAUCAAAUACAAUAAAAUUUGAAAAAUUACACAACUGGUCUUUUAUGAAGACUGAUACAAUAGAGAUUCAUAAUGGUGAAUUAAUAAGCGUGGAAAAUUAUCUCAAUAAUAUUGAGAGUAGUAAAGUGACAUUGAUUUAUAAUCAAUUAAUGAAAAAUCGAGUCUAUAAAUAUGUGUUUUUGCUUUCAUAUUAUAGUUUACUUGUCGUUUAUUGUGAGAAUUGCCAAACAAAUCUAGUACGUUGCUUAGUACAUGAUUUAAUAAAAGUCAUAGAUUCAUACAUGAGGGAUAUCUAUAAUCGUGUCCCAGAAUUAACCGACAUGCUAUUACAUCUAAAUUCGACCAAAUCAGAUAAAUACGCAUUUUUAUGUUUGUUUAAUUGCAUAGCAUCAAUAAUUGAAGAAACAUUCAACGACAAGCUUAUAUUAUCUAUUGACAAAAAGGAUUAUGUUAUAGACACAACAUUUAGUAGUUACGAAAACUUGAGAACACAUUAUAAAUGGGAUUUAUACCGUUCUGUACUUAGCUCUGAAUCAAAGAAACUAAGUUAUCCUCCUGAAAAUGAAACAUCAUUAGAAUGUCUUGUACCUGUUUUAGAUGAUCUUUACAACAAUAUCAAACAUGAAUAUUUUUCAUAACAAUACUAAUGUUCAUAUUAAACAAGAAAAGAAAUAAUAAUCCUAGCCAUUCAUUUAAAAUAAUUUUAUAUUAAAUGGUUCGCAAAAUUAUUUAUUGUUAUAACAUUAAAAUGAUAAAAUUAAUUUUAGAUGUGUAUUAAUUUAGUAAAAAUAUUAUUUUUGAAAAAUAUACAAUAUUAAAUAUUAAAGCCAAAAAAAUGUUAAUA